GUGUCGAACUCUGCUUUAACGUCCGAUUCUCCAGAAACUUCUCCUCAGACAAAUCACAGUCUCACAUUUCACUUUCUAUAUAACAACCACCUUCUUUCUCCCAACGCCAUUUGGUUCUAAAACAAAUAACUAGCGUUAAUUCUCAUCAUUCUCCAUAUUCACAAAUUUCGAGUUCUCUCCGUUCACCUUCAACUAUGACGUCCUACUCACGAAGAUCAAGGUAUUCGCCCUCUCCAUCUCCCUCACCCUCGCCAUACAGGCGUUACGGUAGGUCUUUGUCCAGGUCUUUCUCGAGGUCCAGAUCCAGAAGCCGUUUGAGGAGUGUAUCGCCAGAUGCUGAAAAUCCGGGAAACAAUUUGUAUGUGACAGGACUGUCUCCUAGGAUCACCAAGAGAGAACUGGAGAAGCAUUUUGCUGCUGAGGGAAAAGUGAUAGAUGUUCAUCUGGUUGUUGAUCCAUGGACAAGGGAAUCCCGUGGUUUUGGAUUUGUGACAAUGGAUACUCUAGAAGAAGCUGAUCGAUGUGUGAAGUAUCUGGAUCGCUCUGUACUUGAAGGGCGUGUUAUCAUGGUGGAGAAGGCUAGAAGACGACGUGGUCGAACCCCAACACCUGGGAAAUAUCUAGGUCUCAGGACUAUUCGAGGACGGCGUCGUUCUUCAAGCUACUCUCCUCGACGUUCUCCUAGCUAUUCUCCAUAUAGAAGAAGCUACAGUCGAUCACCUUCUGAUCGUAGUAGAAGUCGCUCUUACUCUCCUGACUAUAGGCGGAGGAAGUCCCACUCUCCUGAAUACAGGCGAAGGAGGGCAUACUCGCCAUACUCUAGCAGACACAGAUCAUACUAUCAUUAUGACCGACACAGGUCAUAUUCCCGGUCUCGCUCUCCUUACAGCAUGUCUCCUGUCAGCACGCGUGACCGAUCACACUCUCCCUACAACUCCAGAUAUGACUCACCUGAUGAUAGCUACUACAAAAGGUACCGUUACAGGUCAGUUUCCCGAAGUGUCUCACCCAAGCCAAGGAGGUCAAGGAGGAGGAGUUACUCAAGAAGUGCCUCUCCUGUUCGAAGUGUCUCCCCCAGGCCAAGGAAGAGAUCAGGAAGGAGUCAUUCAAGAAGCUCUAGAAGAAAUGGUGGUUAUUCCAAACUUUAUCAUUCUCGAUCAAGAAGUUCAAGUGUAAGGGCGAGUUCUAGAUCGUUUUCAAGGUCCAAUACUCCCGGAUCUACUUCUCCUUCAAAUUGAACAACUAGUCUGUCCUAGAUUGGCUUUAAUAGUAGUCUUAUUGGCGUAGAAGCAUAUAUAGAGUAGUAGGUGGAGUUCUUAGGAGUUCUUAGUUCUAGUUUUGUCCAGGACUUGUAUUGAGACACCUAAUGUCAUGUUAUAUAUACCGUUGGUACUUGAAUUACUUUUCCAUGCUCUAAACCAAUCAUUGCAGGACUUGUAUUGAGACACCUAAUGUCAUGUUAUAUAUACCGUUGGUACUUGAAUUA